GCUGAGCUCGAGCUGCUAAAAUCCUCUCUCUCUCUCUCUCUCUCUCUUCCUCUCUCUCUCUCUCCUCUUCUCUCCCUCCUCGCUCCUCUCCUCUCCUCCACACGCACAAAACGCUCUGUCAUGGCGUCUUCCAACCAUGUUACCCCCACCAACUGUAGCUGGUGGCCCAUCUCAGCCAUGGAUGAAGACGGCAAAAUCACAGACGGGGAGGAGUGCGAAGAACCGACCCCGGAGCCCACCAAGCCCUUCAACAAAGACAGGCUGGUUUUGUACCACUGGACGCAGUCUUUCACCUCCCAAAAGGUACGUCUAGUCAUAAAUGAGAAGGGUCUGGUCUGCGAGGAGAGGGAUGUGAGCUUGCCGCUGCAGGAGCACAAGGAGCCGUGGUUCAUGAGGCUGAACCUGGGAGAGGAGGUGCCCGUCUUUCUCCACGGGGACACCAUCAUCAGUGACUACAACCAGAUUAUAGAUUAUCUGGAGAAAAACUUUGUGGGAGACACGGUGGCUCAGCUGAUUCCUGAUGUAGAAUCACCUCUACAUGAGCGUGUGCAGCAGUACCGUCAGCUACUGGACGGCCUGCCCAUGGACGCUUACACACACGGCUGCAUCCUCCAUCCAGAGCUCACCACUGACUCCAUGAUCCCAAAGUACGCCACUGCAGAAAUACGGAGACACUUGGCCAAUGCUGCGACGGAGCUGAUGAAGUUGGACCACGAGGAGCCUCAGCUGACAGAGCCAUACCUGUCCAAGCAGAAGAAGCUCAUGGCAAAAAUCUUGGACCACGAUAAUGUGAAUUACCUGAAGAAAAUUCUGGGGGAGUUAGCGAUGGUUCUAGAUCAAGUGGAGGCUGAACUGGAGAAAAGAAAACUAGAGUAUCAAGGUCAGAAGUGUGAGUUGUGGCUAUGUGGACCUGAAUUUACACUAGCUGAUGUCUGCCUCGGAGCCUUGUUGCACAGGCUCAAGUUCUUGGGACUUUCUAAGAAAUACUGGGAGGACGGCAGCCGACCCAACCUGCAGUCCUUUUUUGUGCGUGUGCAAAAACGCUACGCUUUCCGCAAGGUCUUGGGCGACAUCCACACGACGCUCCUGUCGGCGGUCCUACCCAACGCCUUCCGGAUGGUAAAAAAGAAGCCGCCGUCCUUCUUCGGGGCCUCUUUUCUCAUGGGCUCGCUGGGAGGGAUGGGCUACUUUGCCUACUGGUUUUUAAAAAAGAAAUACAUGUAGUGAAUGCCCUUCUUGUUGUGUUAAAUGUCUGUGUAUUUGUGUGAUGUUUCAAUUUUUCUGUAAUGUUUUAUGACUGCAGGAAAACAUAAUGAAUCUAUAUAGAGAACACUAUUACUUACCUGGGUGAACAAAGAAUAUUAAAACAUUCCAUAAUAAGAAAUCCUUGACAGCACAUUUUCUGGUAAUCAAGGCCUUCAUCCAGUUUGAUUUCUGGAAACUUGCAGCCUUUGUGCCUGCAGGUCCUUGUUUAACUUUAUUUGGAGGCAUGCAUCAGGUCCACCUGUACUGAAAACUUAAAGUAAAAACCCAGAAAUGUAAACACAGUAACACCAACCGGGGUUUACUGACCUUCGCAUGCCACUGUUAUAGUCAUUACUCAUUGUACCUGCUCCUCACUCCUCCAUCAGCCUGGGGUUUAACCAGAAAAACCACAGGAACACGUACACGACAAAGACUCUCUGAAAAGUGCUGUGCUGCCAGAAACUGCCACUCGAAACUAUGAGAGGAUGGAGGCAAACUGUAAGGGAAAAGGUUGACAUUUAAGGAAAUUACUCACCCCACUUUUUUUGCAGAGACUUGCAUUUUUAAAUCAAUACCACCUUCA